AGUUGCGAUUAAAGUUUGAUUGUUAGGCGAGAAAACGGGCCGGGCGGAUUCUGGAACUGCCUGGGAUUUGGUUUGGAUGCGACUGCUGCGAUUGAGAGGAAGACUGUUGCUGAGGCUGUUUGUGUAGACACUGUUGACUGUUGACUGUUUUGAUAAUUUGUGUGGUUGUGCUGAGGAGUUGAAGUGCCCAUCGAGAUUGUAAAGUAGUCUCGUCUGUUCUCUGUUGAUCUUCAUCUGUGGUUAUACCCGAUACAAGAGCAAGAAUGAGCGUGUUCAAGUCCCUCGCGAGGCUCUUUAGUCCGCAUACUACCCCAUCCACCCCCUCGACCGACCCCGCCGACACCAGUCUCGCGCAAACCAUCUUCACGCCGGAGCAAGCAGUUACCUUCACCGCCUCUGUGGCGCCGUUUAUUCCGCCGGGUAGACACUCGACUAUCAAGAAACGAAAUAUAUUCUCCAGGCGGUCUAUUAAUCACAAAAGGAGGAAUGCCAAGAGUAUUUUUGAGAUUGACGAGAAUGAUAUGCCUCCGUUUCCGGGACCGUUGAAUACGCCGGCAGCAGCUGCUGAUGAUUAUAGUAAUCCUCCCUCGGGCGAAGAAGCAGAGGAACCGGUCGACCCUCCCAAGCAAGACCCAGAGCAGCAUAUACCUGACAAUCUCUCCUCUCCAUCAAGCGGUCUUAAGAAAGAACGCGGUACUUGGAAACUCUCGCUAAGUCGCCCGUUUCACCGGCGCAGGGCGGGGGAUAAGGAUACCAAAGAGGAAGAGCGCAAGGAUCAGGAGCGGCGGGAGGAUCAGCCCGAAGAGGGAAGCGGCAGUGCUGCUGCUGAUACAGCUUUUGCUGAUUUACCAGAGUCUUCGGCGGACGAAGUGAGUGAGGACAACAAGACCACGCUGCGCAAACACUCUUUCCGUCACUGGUUAUUCGGAACCAGCAGCCGUCGCCGCUCCAAGAAAUCCGCCCGCUCGUUCAGCAACCUCGAACAACCUGUCAUCUCUGAAUCAUUCGUCUGUGAAGCUGCUGAUACCCGCUCUGAAUCUGCAACUCAACUACUCUACCACGACAUUGCACAAAUCUCGCUGUCCGAAAUCGGCAUCGAUCCAAAUUCUCUCGCGCGAUACCAGAAUAUCCUCUACCAAACCUGUUCUGAAAAUCUGUCUCUCAACUUCACACCCAUCGAGGACGGCAACUGGGUAUAUUCAUCCUCCUCCGCGCCCGAAGCUGAUGAUUUUUUCAACGCCGACGACGAAUUUAUUUCCCAGCUCGAAGAGCAUCUCCGGCAGACGCUAUCAAAGUCGUAUGCCGGCGCGCAGAUCCUCUGCGAUCCCGCCCUGCUGCUGAGCCGCGAGGAAAUACCGCAGGAUCCAGCUGAUGCUGUGUUUGUGACGGACUGUGCGUCUAAAUGGCCGCGCGCGCGGUUCGUGCCCGAGCUGCGGGAUCCGAUUGAGGAGGUCGAGGAGGAGACGGACGAGUGGGAGGAGAAAGAGUGGGAGCGGAAACGGAGGCUGAUAGAGAGGAAUAUGAGUAUUGUCGAGAGCUGCGUUGGGGAUCUGGAAGGAGAUUGCGCUGAAGUUGAUAUGGAGAUUGUCAAUGACGACUCGUCGGAGCAUAGCUCUGAUAGUAGUGCGGUUGGGACGUCACCGGAUACCGCUCUUGGAGAUGAUUCAGUAAAGCAGCAAGACAUUUCAGGAGUCGAUCGCUCACUUCUCUCACUUGGCUUCAUCUCCGUCCCCGAAGCCCAGCACCUCAUGGCGCAAACAGCAGCCAAUGCUGACGCAGACUCCGAGCUAGCUGAUGAGACUACCGACGAUCCCCUGACGAACGACAUCUCGCACAUCAUCUCUCCUGACCUCAUCUCCGGCUUCAAAUGGUUCAAAUAUUCGUCUUCCUCCUUGCCCUCCACCGCAGAGCCCAUCAUCCCCCGUCGCUCGCUGCCAGACCGAAUCACCGACGCCUCAGUCGAGAUCUCGGACCGAGACCACCGCGCCAUCGACCGCGUCGUCGCUGAAAGAGGGAAAGAAAGUUUCAGCGGAAGCGAGGACGAGGACGAAGAUAGCAGUUUCUCUGCAAAGUCGCUUGGCGCCGUGGUCUCGGAGUUUAUCCAGAAACACGCGCGCGGAGGGGCAGUUUGUUUGUCUGAGGUGCGGUCGGAUGGUGUCCCCGCGGUUUCUGAGAUAGGUGGUCGGGUAGUUACUGCUGAUAACUCCUUCGCCGCCGCCGCCGCCGCCGCCGCCGCCGCUGUCGUUGACGAAGAAGCAUCACCGUCCGAGACAGAGCUCAAGACCUGCGCAGAUCUAGGCGACAAAUUGCAGGAAAUGAAAGUACAUCUAGGUUCGCCGUCUAUGCCCUCGUCGUCGUAUUGGGAUAGUCUAGCGACCUACUUUGGCAGCCAACGUCGUCGUCGCGUAUCUGCGCAAAUGCAGGAUACAGAGCAUGCAGAUGAGACUACGCAACAUCGCAAGCAGGAGUUUUCGUUUAGUAGUGAUGAGUUUGCGAAUGUGACUGACAUCGACGACGAGGACGAGGACGACGAGUCUUUGCAGCACGAGAUCCAGAACGACGCAGAUACUGCGACGACCACUCCGCUCCUCGCAUCAACAACGUCCCCUGCGCAUGCGGUCCGUGGUGCUAUCACUUACUACCGCGAAAAAUGCAACGCGUCGUUUUAUAACUGAUCACGUUUCUUCCUCUUCCUCUACCUCUCCUCUGUAUGCUUAUACCUUUUGACCUCGACUCUGCUUGCUCCUUUUUCGUUUUUUGUAUUUCUAGUGUGAUUGAUUGAUUGAUUGACUGUAUUAUAACCACCGCGAUGGCGCGGGUUUAUGACUUUACCUUUGAAUGGAAAUUAGCUACACUACAUCCCACGUGCCUUCUUGUAACUUUUGUAAAGCCAGCAACUGA